AUGUCCGAGUCUGACGCUGCUGUCGGGGCUUCGGGGCACGAACUUCGCAAGGCAGCUCGUCCGACCAUCGAUGAGUUUGACGGCGGUCCACAGCCCAGCGAACCAAAUGAUGACCAAACUUCAGACUCCAAGAGCAACCCAGUGAGUUCGACUGACCAACAACAAUCAUACCUGAGGCAACAUCUUUUGGAAAUGGCUCGCACCGAAUCCGUAGGCAAUCUCGAAACGCUCCGCAAGUUGAUCAAAAAGUAUAACUUGGAGGUCAACGUCAAAGAUGAAGACUCAGGCAUGACGCCUCUUCACAUUGCGGCUAAAGGUGGCCUUGUCGGUGCUGUUGAAGAGCUGCUCAGGGCAGGUGCCGAGCUUGGAACUCAGGAUCACGCGUGCCGUACGCCUUUGAUGACAGCCACUGAGUAUCGGCAAGAAGACGUUAUGGAAAGACUUCUCUCGCCUCGACCUGAGAGUGCCGAUCUCAAGUCGCAACUAGAAACACGCAACAAACUGGGAGUGACUCCACUCUUAUCAGCAACUAUAGAUGGCUUCCCAGAAGGUGUGAAGCUGUUGAUCAAUGCUGGUGCAGACUGCAAUGCCCAAACUCAUCCAUUCAAUGCAACACCUCUGAUAGUGGCUGGCAGUUUGGGCUACCAAGCCAUAGCAGUGAUGCUUCUCGACACCAGGAAUUCCGAGCGCUGUGCAGAUCUCAAUCUUCAAGAUGACGACGGGGAUACUGCUCUAACUUCUGCGGUCAUUGGAGGGCACUAUGAGAUUGCCAAGUCGUUACUGGACGCAAAUGCCGACUUUACCAUCAAGAAUCAUCAAAAAAAAGAACUCUUUGCAUUUAGCAAGUGA